AUGGAAUUCAAACGCGGGUUUCUCAACUCGAAGAAGGGGCGCGAUGCGCUUCAUAUCGAGGCCACGGCCUCUGGCUCCAAAUCCAAGCUCGCUACUUCACCGCCCGUAUCUGCCCGUAGUACCGCCAGUGGCACUGGCGCCACAGAUAGCCAUAUAUAUGCACCCUCUACUCCAGCAGGCAUCACCAAAGCGGCACAUUCAGUUUCUGUCCACGCACCCGAAUCCAUGUCUAGCGAUCCCGUCGACGAAAUGAAUCAACAACAUACCAGCGGCAUCCCUCCCGCGACUCAGCCCUCGUCAGCGUCCCCCGCAUCCCCGCAUAUUAAUGGGAUUCCCGCAGAUCUACAUGCUCUUCCACCCGGGGUCGAAGCGAAGCCUGGAUACAACCGCAAAGUCUUCAGCGAAUGGCCUCGUGAUCCCAAGGGUCAGAUCAUACGAUUCAAAGAUCACAAAGAAUACGGCAAGCGGACGCCUAAUGGGAAUAGGAUGUGGGGCGAGACCCUGUGGGAUUUCUACAUGGUCCGCAUGAUGCCGGAAAACCAUUACUUCUUCACCUGGACCUCCGGCAGCCGCAUUGCGGCCUUCAUGCGUGAAUACGGCGAACUGGACAGCGCUCCUUCGGAGUUGGCUUGGGCUGACGCUGAAGGCGACCCGAAACAGCUCUUCCCUUGUAACGUCGGACGACUCAUUUGUGACCGCGAACGCCAAACAAUCGAUUGUGCUCUAGACGACGAGGCGGCGAGGAUCUUCUCGUCGAGAGUGCCCACCUUACAGGCCCGCAUUCCCUUCCAUCUCCUGCCUGAGAAACUCAUCGUUCACGACCCUUGGAAUACGCUCUCCAUCAAGGACGAGCGCGAUGAUAUGACCACGCCUGUAGCCGAGAGGGCCGACAUCGUGCACACGUUCGAGCUCUCUUUAUCGAAAGAGAGUCAAGAGAAACAAGCCGCUGAGCGAGACGCCGCCGUCGCCGCCGACAAGGCUCGCUUCGAGAAGGAUGAAUGGCGUAAAAUCGAACCCUCGGCUGAAGAGCCGGGUCCUCUUCCGCCCAGCCUGUUUGCUAUAUACGCCAAGGUUCCCCCUCGCCCUCCUCGCCCUACUUCCAUUCCCGAGGCUCACCUUUACAUUCGUCGCGAAGACAAGUGCGGUGAUGGUAAUCACUCGGUGGUGUACUUUAGCGAACUUGAGCUUCCACGCUGGACCCUCGUCGACGACGUACUUUGCGAGACCUGCUGGCGGACCGCUCUACUGGAAGAAAUCCGCGAGCGCAGGAAAUCUGGCACACUCCGUCCUGAUGUUUCCAACGGCAAUGUUCGACCUCCGGAGAUCAAGAGGACCGUCAAGGUCUUCGAUGACCUACGUAACCCUGUCGCUGUUGAAACCAGUUGUACUGAGCGGCGUGAGGUUGGGUUGACUACCGGGGGUACCGACUUCGAAUUGCACCAUAACACGCAUAGAGUCGUCACGGACGAAUAUAUUGGACCCGUUGCGUAUGUCUACCCGAAGGUUACGUGGCAAAACCCAGAGCAUGGGCCCGUCUGUGAACAUCUAUGCAUCAAUGGGCACCAACCGCCACUCACGACACGCGUCAAGGUCUGUGCGAAGCUUUCUAUCCAGGGAGACUUCCACCUAGCGCGUGAGGCGGAGAACUACCAGGCUUUUCCCUCCUAUUUCUUCGAACACUGGAACGGCUAUAACCUCGUGGUUCCCCUCCGGGACCCUACACCCUGCGGCGCGCUUGUACCCCAAUUUUACGGCUACUACGUUCCUCAAGGGGGUUUCGAGCCUGUCCUAGACACGGUUCUCGACGAAGCCUCUGCAGCCAAGACGAAGGGCGCGCCACUGUUACCUGCAAGCUACAUCAGCCCAAUCCUUUUACUCGAAUACUGCGGUAUUCCCAUCAACAUAGAUGAAAUGGGUCCAGACGACAGAAACGCGGCUGCGGCGCUUUGUCAGACCUUUCACUUUGGAGGAUGGGCCCAGAACUCUAUGUAUGAGCGCAACGUCGUUGUGCAGCCUGGUCCCAUCACCGAGUGGCCCGCGUUUCGCGGGCUCAAUGAGCGAUGGAAGAGUUUCCGGUUAAUCGACUUCGGUCGGGCGACGCCUCUAGACUGGCAUAAUCAGGGCUUUUUGCAGAAGAAAGCGGAGGUCUGCAGGAUGUUCAAGUUAUUCCAUUACCAUCCAUUACGGGAUCUAGCUAGUUCUUGA